CAGGUACAUGACUCAGUUCUGUUCAGAAAGCUGCCAGAGCUGCAGCUAUCUGCAGAUCUCUGAAGAUGGAGGUUGUGGAUGAUCGGGAGCUCUGUUUCCCAGAAUUCCCCAAUAUCUCCUGCUGGAAGCCACCGUCUCCUUGGCCUGAAACAUUGCUCAUUAACAUUGCAUUGUACUCCAUCUCUGUGCUCACUGCAGUUCUCAACCUGCUCAUCAUCAUCUCAGUCUCCCACUUCAGGCAGCUCCACACACCCACCAACAUCCUCCUCCUCUCUCUGGCUGUCUCAGACUUCCUAGUGGGCCUCCUGGUGAUGCCAGUAGAAACCAUACUAAAAACCUCCUGCUGGUUUCUGGAUGACCUUGUGUGUUCUCUGUACAAUUAUGUGACUUAUACAGUUAUCUCUGCCUCAGUAGGAGACUUGGUGCUCAUAUCAGUUGACCGCUAUGUGGCUAUUUGUGACCCUCUGCAUUACACCACCAGAAUCACUGUGAAUAGAGUUAAAGUCUGUGUUUGUCUCCUAUGGGUCUGUUGCGUUGCCUACAUUGGUUUCUUGUUAAAGCAGGAUCUGAGUCAAAAGAACAGUUUUUGUAAUGGAGCAUGUGUGGUUCUCAUGGACCAAACUUCAGAUUAUGUUGAUCUUGUUUUAAACUUUAUUGUUCCUAUUACGGUCAUCAUAGUUCUGUAUUCACAAGUCUUUGUUGUGGCUGUGUCUCAAGCUCGUGCCAUGCGCUCUCACAUUACAGUCACAAAGCAGAGUUCAGUGACUAAAACAGCAAAGAAAUCUGAGCUGAAAGCAGCCAGGACUCUUGGUGUUUUUGUAGUUGUGUUUCUGAUGUGUUACUGCCCACAUUACUGUGUAAGUCUUGUAGGGUACAACUUCCUUGAUUAUUCAUCUGCCUCCUUUAUGACAUAUCUGAUCUAUUUCAACUCUUGUCUAAACCCUGUGAUCUAUGCCUUGUUUUACCCCUGGUUCAGAAAAACAGUUAAACUCAUUGUUACUCUUCAGAUCCUGCAGCCUGGCUCCUGUGAGGCCAACAUACUGUAG